AUGUGCUGUCGAUUGGAGAGAUUGAAGCUUGCAGCAACUCCGACACUGCCUACAAUUUCUUUUGACGAAAGCAGACCAUCUAACAUAGACAUGAAUCACUUAACUGUUGAGACUGAAGAUACUUUUGCAAGCUUGCUUGAGCUUGCUGCUAACAACGAUAUUGAGGGCUUUAAGCGAGCUAUUGGGCAUGAUCCUUCUUGUGUUGAUCAGAUUGGACUGUGGUAUGGUCGACAAAAGGGCUCUAAGCAGAUGGUUAAUGAAUACAGGACUCCCUUGAUGGUUGCUGCUACGUAUGGUAGCAUUGAUGUUAUAAAGGUGAUUCUUUCUCUAUCUGAUGCUGAUGUCAAUCACUCUUGCAGUGUUGACAAGAGCACUGCUCUUCACUGUGCUGCUUCAGGUGGAGCUGUGAAUGCUGUUGAUGUUGUGAAACUGCUUUUAGCAGCUGGUGCUGAUUGUAAUUUGUUAGAUGCCAAUGGUCGCCGUCCGAUUGAUGUUAUUGUUGUUCCGCCAAAGCUCCAAGAUGUGAGAUUGAUUCUAGAAGAGCUCCUUGCUUCUGAUUGUUCUCUUGUUGAGCACGAUCUCAGGGUUUCCAUAGCCACAUUGAAUUCAACCUCUCCACCUCUUUCGCCUUCGCUGGAAAAUGGGUCUCCUCUGUCAGGUUCAGAUUCCCCAAUGAAGGCAAAACUAAAUGAAGCACCUGUUGCAUCAGAGAAGAAAGAAUAUCCUGUGGAUCCAUCUCUUCCAGAUAUCAAGAACAGCAUCUAUUCAACUGAUGAAUUCCGAAUGUAUUCAUUCAAGGUAAGGCCUUGUUCCCGUGCCUAUUCCCAUGAUUGGACCGAGUGUCCAUUUGUUCACCCAGGGGAAAAUGCUCGAAGAAGGGAUCCUAGGAAGUUUCAUUAUAGCUGUGUCCCAUGCCCUGAAUUUCGUAAAGGGGCUUGUAGACGUGGAGAUAUGUGUGAAUAUGCUCAUGGGGUUUUUGAGUGCUGGCUUCACCCUGCUCAGUACAGAACCCGGCUGUGCAAAGAUGGUACAAAUUGUGCGAGGAGAGUUUGCUUUUUUGCUCACACCGUUGAGGAACUCCGCCCAUUAUAUGUAUCCACCGGUUCUGCUGUUCCCUCUCCUCGCUCUAGUACUUCAGGUGCUACUGCCAUGGAUUUUGCUGCUGCCAUGAACCUCUUGCCGGGCUCCCCUUCAGCUGCAUCUGUCAUGUCUCCUUCACCAUUCACUCCACCCAUGUCUCCCUCUGCCAAUGGCAUGUCACAUUCUUCUGUGGCUUGGCCCCAACCAAAUGUCCCAGCCUUGCAUCUCCCUGGAAGCAAUCUGCAGUCCAGUCGCCUGAGAUCUUCCCUUAAUGCGAGAGACAUUCCAGUAGACUACAACUUGCUUCCGGAUUUUGAUAUGCAGCAACAGCAGCUCCUGAGUGAGUUUUCCAGUCUCAGUCAACCAUCCUUGAGCAACAACUCCUUGAAUCGCUCUGGCCGAUUGAAAACCUUAACUCCUUCAAACCUCGAUGAUCUAUUUUCUGCUGAGAGCUCAUCUCCUCGGUAUGCUGGCUCAUCUCCUCGAUAUGCUGAUCAAGCAUUGGCUUCAGCGGUUUUCUCUCCAUCCCACAAAUCUGCAGUUCUCAAUCAGUUCCAGCAGCAGCAAACCAUGUUAUCACCAAUCAACACAAAUUUUUCUCCUAAUAAUGCCGAUCACCCUCUGUUGCAGGCUUCUUUUGCAUCAGGCAGGAUGUCACCUCGAAGUGUGGAACCUAUCUCACCAAUGGGCUCUCGGGUGUCUAUGUUAGCUCAAAGAGAGAAGCAGCUACAGCAGUUCCGUAGCCUCAGCUCUAGGGAACUAGGCUCCAACGCUGCUGCCGUUGUUGGCUCCCCAGUUAACACUUGGUCGAAAUGGGGUUCCUCGAAUGGGAAACCAGACUGGACUGUUAGUACAGAUGAGCUGGGUAAGCUCCGCAGGUCAAAUUCGUUUGAGCUUGGCAAUGGAGAUGAGCCUGAUCUAUCAUGGGUUCAAUCACUUGUUAAGGAAUCUCCCACUGAGAUAAAAGAAAAGUUAACAAUGCCAGUCUCUGGGAGUGUCGCCACAAGUGCUUCGUCGAGUGAGAGUUCAAAAAUGAACUCCCAAAUAGAAUCCAUUGACCUAGACCAUGUGGUAGGGUCAUGGGUUGAGCAAUUGCAGAUUGACCAGCUUGUGGCUCAGCAAAACUAA